AGAGAGCGCAGUGUGAGGAGGAGUGAGCGUGUAGAGGCAGGCGGGGGAAAGCAGAGCACUCGCAGCCAAAGAGCCGUACAAUCAACGGGGUUGAAACUGCUUGUGACAACAAAGGGAACCGGGACUCGAAAAACCAAACCUCCGACUGUCGCCGGGGCCGAGAAAAAUAUUUCAAGAAUUUCCUACUACACAGAAUAUGACAGACACCUAGCACCCAGCAAAGGCAUGGCAGCUGCUUACCUCGACCCCAACCUGAACCACACCCUGGGCUCGGGAGCCAAGUCCCGGCUGAGCAUGGGAAUGGAGCGCUCCGCAGGGGCCCUGGACCGGGUCCUCAAGGUGUUCCACUACUUCGAGAGCAGCAACGAGCCCUGCAACUGGGCCAGCAACAUUCGCCAUGGAGACGCCACCGACGUCAGGGGCAUAAUACAGAAGAUAGUGGACAUCCAUAAGGUGAAGUGCGUGUCUUGUUAUGGCUUGCGUCUUAGCCACCUGCAGUCCGAGGAGAUUCACUGGCUUCAUCCAGACAUGGGUGUGUCUCACGUGAGGGAAACGUAUGAGCUGAACCACCCCCAGGAUGAGUGGAGGUAUGAGCUGCGGGUUCGUUAUUUACCGAAAGGGUUUUUAAAUCAAUUUACUGAAGACAAGCCAACGCUGAACUUCUUCUACCAGCAGGUCAAAAAUGAUUACAUGUUGGAAAUAGCAGAUCAAGUAGACCAGGAAGUAGCUUUGAAGUUGGGCUGCCUUGAAAUCAGGAGGUUCUUCAGGGAGAUGAGAGGGAAUGCUCUGGAUAAGAAAUCGAACUAUGAACUAUUAGAGAAAGAUGUUGGCUUGAGAAGAUUCUUCCCCAAAAGUUUACUGGACUCUGUAAAGGCUAAAACACUACGGAAAUUAAUCCAACAGACCUUCAGGCAGUUUGCCAACCUCAAUGAUGAGCAGAGCAUUCUCAAAUUCUUUGAGAUUCUGUCACCGGUUUACAGAUUUGACAAGGAGUGUUUUAAAUGUGCUCUCGGGUCGAGCUGGAUUAUCUCAGUGGAGCUGGCGAUUGGACCAGAAGAAGGAAUCAGCUACCUCACAGACAAGGGCUCCACGCCGACCCACCUGGCUAACUUUAAUCAAGUGCAGACUAUCCAGUAUUCAAACAGCGAUGACAAGGAUCGGAAAGGAAUGCUGCAGCUCAAGGUAGCCGGAGCCCCUGAACCUCUAACAGUGACAACACCGUCGCUGAACAUCGCAGAAAACAUGGCUGACCUGAUAGAUGGCUACUGUCGGCUGGUGAAUGGAGCCUCCCAGUCCUUCAUUAUCCGACCACAGAAAGAGGGGGAGAGAGCUUUGCCAUCGAUCCCAAAGCUCGGCAACAACGACAAGCAGGGGGUUCGGACGCAUACUGUCUCUGCCUCAGAUGAAAUUAGUGGGGACGAGACGGACGACUAUGCAGAAAUUAUAGACGAAGAGGAUACAUACACCAUGCCCUCAAAAAGCUAUGGAUUAGAAGAAGCCAGGGACUAUGAGAUCCAGAGGGAGAGAAUGGAGCUGGGCCGGUGUAUCGGAGAGGGACAGUUUGGGGAUGUGCACCAAGGCGUCUAUAUGAGUUCAGAAGACACUUCUAUGUCAGUGGCUAUUAAAACAUGCAAGAACUGCACGUCUGAUAGUGUACGGGAGAAGUUCCUUCAGGAAGCCUUGACUAUGCGACAGUUUGAUCAUCCCCACAUAGUCAAGCUGAUUGGAGUGAUAACAGAGAACCCAGUGUGGAUCAUCAUGGAGCUCUGUACACUUGGAGAGCUGCGGUCUUUUUUGCAAGUAAGAAAGUACAACCUGGACUUGGCCUCCCUGAUUCUCUUUUCCUAUCAGCUCAGCACAGCACUCGCUUACUUAGAAAGCAAACGAUUUGUACAUAGGGAUAUUGCUGCUAGAAAUGUCCUGGUGUCUUCCACAGACUGUGUGAAGCUUGGAGACUUCGGGCUCUCAAGGUAUAUGGAAGACAGCUCCUAUUACAAAGCUUCCAAAGGGAAACUUCCUAUCAAGUGGAUGGCUCCAGAAUCGAUUAACUUUAGACGCUUUACCUCAGCUAGUGACGUGUGGAUGUUUGGAGUGUGCAUGUGGGAGAUCCUGAUGUACGGAGUGAAACCCUUCCAGGGUGUGAAAAACAAUGACGUGAUCGGAAGGAUUGAGAACGGAGAGCGCCUGGCCAUGCCCCACAACUGCCCCCCCACCCUCUACAGCCUCAUGACCAAGUGCUGGGCCUACGACCCCAGCAAGAGGCCCCGCUUCACUGAACUCAAAGCGCAGCUCAAUACAAUACUGGAAGAAGAAAAGGCGCAGCAGGAAGAGAGGAUCCGCGUGGAGAUGAGGCGGCAGGUCACAGUCUCGUGGGACUCAGGAGGGCCUGACGAAGCUCCCCCUAAACCCAGCAGGCCAGGCUACCCCAGCCCAAGAUCGAGCGAAGGAUUUUACCCCAGUCCUCAGCAUGUGGGGCAGCACAAUCACUACCAGGUUUCUGGGCACUGUGGCUCUCGUGGGAUGUCUCCGAUACCUGGAGGUGUCUAUCCCCCCCAGGCCUCUGUGCUGGAUCCACAUGACUCCUGGAACCACCACAGGCCACAGGACAUUCCCAUGUGGUCUCCCAACAUGGAGGACUCUGGGCCCCUGGAUCUGCGGGGGGUGGGGCAGGGGCUUCCCACUCACCUCAUGGAGGAGAGGUUGAUGAUGCAGCAACAGCAGAUGGAGGAAGACCAGCGCUGGCUUGAGCAGGAGGAGAGGUUUUUGAAGCCAGACCCCAGAAAUUCCAGGGGCAGCAUUGACCGGGAGGAUGGAGGUCUCCAGGGACCGAUUUGCAACCAGCACAUAUACCAACCUGUAGGCAAACCAGAACAUGUUGCUCCACCCAAGAAGCCCCCUCGACCCGGAGCUCCCAGCCAUUUGGGAAGCCUUGCCAGCCUGAGCCCAGUGGACAGCUACAAUGAAGGAGUGAAGCCUUGGAGGAUUCAGCCCCAGGAAAUCAGCCCUCCCCCUACUGCUAACCUGGACCGCUCCCAUGACAAGGUGUAUGAGAACGUGACCGGGCUGGUGAAAGCUGUGAUCGAGAUGUCCAGUAAAAUCCAGCCUGCUCCCCCAGAGGAGUAUGUGCCCAUGGUGAAGGAGGUUGGACUGGCGCUACGGACGCUGCUGGCGACAGUGGAUGAAACCAUUCCUGUACUUCCAGCCAGCAGACACAGAGAGAUUGAGAUGGCCCAGAAGCUCCUGAACUCGGACCUGGCUGAGCUGAUCAGCAAGAUGAAGCUGGCCCAGCAGUAUGUGAUGACCAGCCUGCAGCAGGAGUACAAGAAGCAGAUGCUGACCGCAGCCCACGCGCUGGCCGUCGACGCCAAGAACCUGCUGGACGUCAUCGACCAGGCCCGGCUGAAGAUGAUUGGCCAAGCCCGGCUGCACUAGCCUAGUGUGAGUGAGUGUGUGUGUGUGUAUAUAUAUAUAUAUAUAUAUAUAUAUAUAUAUAUAUAUAAUGUGUGUGUGUGUUUCUCUCUCUCGCUCUCUCUCUCUAUAUAUAUAUGGGGGGGGUGAGAAGGGAUCUGUGGAUGAUGGUUGGCUGCUGAGAUACACCUGGCAGGGGGAAGGAUGAGACAGGUGUUUCUAAGUGACAGCUUUUUUCCGGUGCUGAACUGUGAGAUGGGAUUGAAGCCUGCCUGAUCCCACUCCUCCCAUCCAGGAAGUUUCAGGUCUGUCGGAUUGCUAUCGAGUUUCCAGGACCUUUCAAAAUCAUUAACAGACGCUUUUGUUUUUGGCUGAAUCUACUGUGUGUGGUGAUUGGUACAUUUUGUGUGACUUGUUCCUACCCCCAAGGCAUUCACAUCUGGAGAAGGCUACUGGAGCCAACGACAGAACUGUUAUUGGGAUGUUGGCAUUUUGAGAAACCUCAAGGUUGAGAAUUCCAGUUCCAUAAACACAAAUAACAAAGAGACUUCUUGUUUUAUUCUGUCGAUGGUAACACUCUGUCACAACAUACGAAUCCAGACUCAAACAGAGAAUCCUAAAUCUGUAUGUUAGAAAGAUGGACUUGUUUUAUCCCCCCUGGUCUUCAGACGCAAUGGAUGAAAUAAACUAUCAGAGUGGAAAAGCCAGAACUGUCCUUUGUCUUUUUGACAUGGAAUCAUAUUUUGGAAGCAGCUGUUUUUCUUUUUAAGGACAAGCCGGUGAAUGGAGUGCUCUUUGUUAAACAAAACUUCCGUACCAUUGGAGGUGUCCCCUAUUCUAUAUAUAUAUAUAUAUACACAUACAUAUAUAAAACAAUUUAAAAAGACUAAAGCCGUGUUGGAUAUUUUAAAUACUAGUUACUAACCCAUUCCCUCUCCUUGUUCUCUUUCUUGCCCAGGAGGUUUUAAAGAACAGAGAUACCCAACCUCCCCCUCUCCUUUUUCUUUUAAUAUUCUCCUUGUCUGUUCAUUAAAAGCCCUACCAUUUUUGGGUAUAACUUAUUCUCAGGAAGAAUAGAAUGACCUGUACAGUUCCUUGGCCUAUUAAAAAGGUGUUAUCAGUA